AUGGCUCCCUCUAGCGAUGCCGGCUACCUAAUGUCGGACGCCCCGUCCCGCUCGGCGGCUACCCCUAAACGCUCCUUUAUGCCCAGCUCCUCCGCCGGCAGGCCACGAGUGCCACCUUCUGAGAGCAUGGGCGCUCCCAGUGAUGACGAGGCCGAGGGCUUCGCUGAUGAUCAAGUCCCCCGCGGAUCAAGGAUACCAGACGCUGCCAACAUUCCAAAGGUUGAGGACAGGAUUGGUUUGAUGGUCCAAGACCACUUCGAAGGUUUUAUCGAGGGAUUUGUUGAAGACCCGACUUCUUCAGGUGCACCGGUGUCCAGUGCCGUUACCACGGAUAAGUACUACGUCGCCCAGAUACAUGGUAUGCGGGACCUUCAACUCUCGACAUUCUACGUCGACUUCAGACACCUUGUUUCCUGGCAGAACGGUGAACUGGCCGACGGUGUGAUGCGUGGCUACUACCGCUUCCUCCCCUUUCUUACUGCCGCACUUCACAACAUGAUUGCCAAGUACGAACCACAGUACUUCAGAGAGCACAGGCAGCCGACCUCCUCAAGCAACCAGACCACAUCGGCCGCAAGCAACGUUGGCUCUGCUAGCCAGUCAGAGAUGGGUGGAAAGACGAGCAACCAGCAGACGGACAAGCUUUUCUCCAUCGCCUUUUACAACUUACCCCUCGUUUCCCGAGUGCGAAGCCUCAGAGCGGCCAACAUUGGCCAGCUGCUUUCCAUUUCUGGUACCGUCACGCGGACGUCUGAGGUUCGUCCUGAGCUGUCGCUUGCUACUUUUGUCUGCGAAGCCUGCAGGACGGUCGUGCCCAAUGUCGAGCAGACCUUUAGAUACACCGAGCCCACACAAUGUCCCAACAUGACAUGCUUGAACCGCCAAGCGUGGCAGCUUGAUAUAAGGCAUAGCACUUUCGUGGAUUGGCAGAAGGUGCGAAUCCAGGAGAACAGCUCCGAGAUUCCUACCGGAAGCAUGCCUCGUACGAUGGAUGUCAUCUUGCGCGGUGAGAUUGUGGACCGGGCCAAGGCUGGAGAAAAGUGUAUCUUUACAGGCGCCCUCAUCGUUGUGCCCGACGUCAGCCAGCUCGGCCUUCCAGGUCUGAGACCGACGGCUGUCAGGGAUGACAAGGGUGCCGGACGUGGAGCUGAUGUUGGAGGUUCCGGUGUCACUGGUCUGAAGGCUCUUGGUGUUCGUGACCUGACUUACCGUCUGGCCUUCCUCGCCUGCAUGAUCACUCCCGAUACUUCAACGCCGGGCCAGUCCGCAAAUGGUCAAGUACAAGACAUCAUCAGCUCGUUGACUCAGGAUAAGUCUGCCGAAUCCGCAGAGUCGGUCGAGGCCGCUCAAGCUGCUGUGCUGUCGUCCAUGAACGAGUCCGAGAUCAACGAACUGCGUGACAUGGUACACAGUGAUCAUAUUUAUUCUCGCCUGGUGCAGUCAAUUGCACCCACCGUGUACGGCCACGAGGUUGUGAAGAAGGGUUUACUGCUUCAGCUCAUGUCUGGCGUGCACAAGACAACAGCUGAAGGCAUGGAGCUGAGAGGUGACAUCAAUAUUUGCAUCGUGGGUGACCCCUCUACCUCCAAGUCGCAGUUCCUCAAGUAUAUCUGCUCCUUCGCUCCUCGCGCCGUCUACACUAGUGGUAAGGCAUCCUCUGCCGCUGGUCUUACAGCUGCGGUUGUCAAGGAUGAGGAGACUGGCGACUUUACUAUUGAGGCUGGUGCCCUCAUGUUGGCAGACAACGGCAUCUGUGCCAUUGAUGAGUUCGACAAGAUGGACAUUGCCGAUCAGGUCGCUAUCCACGAAGCCAUGGAACAGCAGACCAUUUCUAUUGCCAAGGCCGGUAUCCAGGCUACUCUGAACGCCCGCACUUCUAUCCUUGCCGCCGCCAACCCUGUCGGCGGCCGUUACAACCGCAAGACCACCCUGCGUGCCAAUAUCAACAUGAGCGCUCCCAUUAUGUCGCGUUUCGAUCUUUUCUUCGUCGUCCUUGAUGAGUGCAAUGAGUCGGUCGAUCGCCAUCUUGCUGAGCACAUUGUCGGCAUUCACCAACUGCGUGACGCCGCUAUUGAGCCCGAAUUCAGCACUGAACAGCUUCAGCGAUACAUCCGCUUCGCUCGUACCUUCCGUCCUGAGUUCUCUGCUGAGGCCAAGGAGGUUCUUGUAGAGAAAUACAAGGAGCUUCGCGCCGAUGACGCGCAAGGCGGAAUUGGCAAGAACUCAUACCGUAUCACUGUCCGUCAAUUGGAAAGUAUGAUUCGUCUGUCAGAGGCGAUUGCGAAGACGAACUGUGUCGAGGAAAUCUCUUCCGAGAUGGUCGUUGAAGCUUUCAAUCUCCUCAGGCAAAGUAUCAUUUCCGUUGAGCACGAUGACAUCGAGGUUGAUGACGAUGAGCCUGAGGAUAGCGCCACCUUACGCCGCGCGGCAUCCGAGGCAGCUGGCCAGCCCCUGGAAGAUGACAAUGCUAUGGCUGUUGAUGACUCCACACCCGCAGCGGAGAGGCGGCCUAAACAGACCAUCACCUACGACAAGUAUGUGAGCAUGGUCAACAUGUUUCUGCAGCGUGUUGUUGAGGACGAGAAUGAGGGUGGUGAGGGUGUUGAAGGCGAGGAGCUUGUGCUCUGGUAUCUGGAACAGAAGGAAGAGGAGCUCCAGGGUGAGGAGGAUUACCACCGGGAGAAGGCACUGGCGAAAAUGGUGCUCAAGAAGAUGGUCAAGAACAACUUCCUCAUGGCUGUCCGUGGCGAAGGCCUGUUGGACGACGAUGGCAACGCUGGCGAAGGAGCAUCUGCCACUCCCGCACGUAUUGUGUAUGUUGUGCACCCCAACGCCGCUGUUGAGGAGAUUUAA